GCGGGCGGGGGCUGACUCGAGCCAUUCCACCUGGCCAGGUAGAGUUGGAAGUCUCUCUGGGUCACCGCCGCCCUGUGAUUCCUUCUGCAAACUGGGCUCGAGGACCAAUACGAUGUAACUUAUAAGAGAAUGACGAUUCGGACAACAUCACUCAACGAUGAAUAUUUAUAUCAACUUACAACAACUUCACCCCAUGAGUUCAGUGGAAAUGACUUCCAGGGCAGGAGAAGACACACAACUUAAAACUGCUGUUGGACAGAGUCAAGUUAUCUGCAUGCAGCCACUUGAUACAUUCAUGAAGAAAAGCAAGAGUUUUGAUAAUAUUUCUGAACUGAUUGGUGUGAGAUUCAAGCAACGUAUCAACUGUGGUGCAUAUUGUUACCUCCAGGCUGAACAAGUCAGCUUUCUUCAGGCAUUGCCACUGGUACCGCUUACAAAGAAUGAGGCUCUGCUUUAUGAGUUUGGGGAGGGAAAACUUGUACCAUUGCACGAGUGGAACCCAUGUAAUGUGGAUAGCUGCCCCCCAAUUCUAUGUGAACCAAGUAAUCUUUCAGAACUUGAAUUUGAUUUUGCUUUUAUGAAGAAAAAAGAAGUAGGAGAAGAAACCAACACUUCAUCACCGGAACUCUUUUCUGAUGAAAACAUUACCAAUCUAGGGGAGAACAUUCAACAAUACAUCCUGGGAGCAGAGUUAAAUAAAAGGAAUAGAGUAGAGAUAACUGAAAAGCUGUGCCUUGACCUUCUGCUGAAUAACCAGAAGCUGGAGGAAGAAAACAAAAGGCUGUUGUCUCUUGAUGCCAACCUUGAGAAACGGAUGUCUGAAAUUAGCAAGAAGCUGUUCUUGUGGGAAAGUAAUUAUUCAAAACACCAAAAUGAUAUAGCUAAAGUGGAGAUGGAACUCCAGGAUGUGGAACAAGACAUUGAAUCAAAGGAUCACAGAAUUGGGGAGCUAAACCAUACUAUUGAAGCUUUGUGGAUAACAGCAGAUGAACUGGCAGAUAGAAAAGUGGAAUUAAACGUGAAGAUUGAAAGUCUACAAAAUCAGUUGAAAGGCAUGAAAAAUCAGUGUAAGGAAAGAGACGAACAAUUAGCAAAGACAGACAAAGCUGAAAUCCCACCGUGUGUGUCCUGAAAGGAGCUAAAGGAUUUUCUACUAAAUCUCCAUCAAAAUGUUGGACUACUAGAUGACAAAAUCCAUACCAACUGGUCACUGAGUUUUUAUCAGUUUACCGAAAUGUCCCAUAUUCUGAGUUAACAAUGGAAUGUUUUUAAAAAAAAAACAACUCCUGUUCCUGACUAUUUUGAGUGACAGCUUGUGAUUGAGAUCUCAAGAUGUUGCGGUUUGUUGAGUGACCACUAUUAAACCAUGACAGUC